AUGUGGCGAUCCCAGUUCUGGGAUCAUAGUGGCACUCGAGUCGAUGUCGAUUCCGGCCCCCAAUCCCUCAAGGUUUUACAAUCCAGCAGAAGAUUGGAAGCAGAGAUCCGCGAAAUGGUUGGCAUUCAUGCAUCUAUCAAUAAUGAGAUGCUCCUCAUAGAGCAGUCACGCCGUUCCCUUAUACUGGAGAAGUCGGAGCUUGAGAAUCAAGUGAUGAACUUGCGUGGAAUUGUUGCUACAGCUGAGAGAGACUUGCUCCGCCUACAGGCAACAUUGACAUCCUAUCGCAAGGUUGCCGAUCUCCUUUCGACCAACGUAUCCACUUUUCACCAUUUCACGCCCAUUUCCUCCUCUACCUCGACCUCACAGCCGCUUUCCUUCAAUGAUUGUAAUAUGUAUACCUGUUUCAACUGGACCACCUGCCCCCUGCAUUCGCCCUCCUACCUGCGUGUCUGUUUCCACCAUGAAAGCGCGGUUCUAGAUCCACGCUGGCACCAUGCCCUUCUCACAUCGCCCCACUUCUCCACCUCAUGCGACCGCGCCUGUCUAAGAGUUAUCUUUGCUCCGGAGGACUGCACUGGCAUCUCCUGCCUUUACAUUGGCGCUGCUACCGAUAAGCUGUCUCCCACAGUGAUACGCACCUCAUUCACCCAAGGUGCUAUUCGUCCAGGUUAUGACCUUGUUUUGACUCCUCUUGUUAAUGCGACUGCAGUACAACUUCCACUGCUAGUUGGGCGUCAACCCAAGUGGCUGUUGGGCGCAUCGCUAGCCACUUCUGACCCCACAGAGGAGAAGCGGACCUUCAUUGAAUCCUUGUUAUCCGGUGUUACAGAUGGCGACUCAGUUAAUUUGGUUCUCAAACAUUCCAUAGAAGGUUGUUGGCCUACCGAAGAGGAGCAGAACCGCGUUCUUUGGCGACCCUGUUACGCUUCAAAUGAGAUCCUGGAAAACUCCAUAUUCUGUCUGCUUGUCGAUAGUCUUCUCGACAACCGCGUCAAUGAGAGUGAGAUCGGAUUGGGCGAGCAAUUGACAGCGUGUUUGACGAGCGGUGCGAUUCCCGUCUUUGCCUCCAGUGGUGGUGAGUCGCGACUCUUUCCCUUCUGGGAGGUGUUGGAGCAGCAGUGGCGACAAAGCGUGGUUUUUAUUCCUCGUCCCAGAAUCGCCCACUUAGUACCAAUUUUACGGGCGUUUGAUAGAAAAACUCUCGUUGAAAUGCAGCGACAGGGUCAGGAAAUAUGGCGUAAGUAUCUGAGCACUGCUGAUGCCCAGAUAGCCACUCUUUUCCUCGCAAUUAGCCGGCGCCUCAGUCUACCUCAGCCGCCAGCCCCGCUGACCAGGUCAGUGCCUGCUCUCACCUCUGGACACUUUCAUCCUGAGCGCGUCUACCUUCCAAGGCCUGAGGUGCUAGCUCAGGUCGAUUUGGAUGGUCUCUUGGGUCCCCUGGGUCCCCAAUGGGACUCUCCUCCCAUGCCCCAGGCUCUUCCCACCCCUAGCUUUCCUCACAUAGAUAUCUUGUGGACGCACUCGCACUCCCCUUGGAGUCCCCCACCGCUGCCCAUCGAAUUUCAAUUCGUCAAUACCGUGAAUACCAUGUAUAGACCGAUCAACCACACUUGGGGCACGGCCGGGAAAGAAUUUGCUGCCGACCUCGGUGGAAUGUUUCCCUACGAACAGUUCACCAUUGUGGUGCUAACUUACGAUCGUGAGGCUGUUCUAUCUGUGAUGUUAGAGGGUCUAAUGAAUCUGGCCUACCUGCACUCCGUUGUGGUAAUCUGGAACAAUCCAAAACCUCCCUCUGAGAACCUCAUAUGGCCUAGGCUCCAUGUACCCAUUUAUGUUAUUCGAGGCGGCAAGAACAGUUUAAAUAACCGUUUUCUUCCUUUCGAUGUCCUCAAGACCGAAGCACUCCUUAUGCUUGAUGACGAUAUCACUCUUCGGCACGAUGAGAUUGUUCUUGCGUUCAGGAUUUGGCGUGAGAACCGUGACCGUAUAGUUGGUUUCCCAGCUAGAGGUCACUUUUGGUCUCAAUCCAGCCAAAACUGGUACUACAACAGCGCCCACUCUUGCGAAUACUCCAUGAUCUUGACUGGAGCUGCAUUUAUACAUCGAUACUACCUGCACGCCUACUCGAAUGAAAUGCCCGCGCAAAUUCGAGAAAUUGUUGAUAUAGAAUUCAAUUGUGAGGACAUCGCGAUGAAUUUCCUGGUAUCGCAUAUCACUCGAAAGCCACCAUUAAAGGUGACGACACAUUGGUCUUUCAUUUGUACUAACUGCACAUCUACGCUUUAUGGUCGAGUGGGGCACACAGCUGUUCGUUCAAAUUGCAUCAACCGAUUUGAGAGGAUUUACGGCUACAAUCCACUGAUCUACACCCAGUAUCGCGCAGAUUCAGUACUUUUUAAAACUCGUCUUCCAUUGGGCAUGCAGAAAUGCUUCAAUUAUGUUUGA